CCCCACCCCACCCCACCCCCCCGCGGCCCGGGGCAGCGCGAGCCCCCAGCGGCGCCCGGGAGGCGGCAGCGGAGCCUCCCCCCCCCAGCGCCGGGGGCCGGGCCGGGCCGGGCCGCAGCCAUUGCGCGGGGCGGCGGCAGCCCCGGGCCGGGCGCGCUGGCAGUGACCCCGGCGGGCGGGGAGGGGAACCAUGCCUGAAGAUGACGGAUGCCGUGGUGGUGGAGGGGCACGUCCGCUGGAGGGAUGGAAAAAAGUGGAAGAGCAGGUGGCUGGUGCUGCGCAAGCCCUCGCCCGUGGCAGAUUGCUUACUCAUGUUGGUGUACAAGGAUAAAUCUGAGAGAGUGAAAGGGCAUAAGGAGAGGAGUAGUGUGACCUUGGAGGACAUCUGUGGCCUGGAUCCUGGGCUCUCCUAUGAGGGCUUGAAUCACACACUUGCCAUCAUCUGUCUGUCUCAAGUUGUGAUGCUGGGAUUUGAAAACAAGGAAACUAUGUAUGCGUGGGAUGUCCGGAUCCGCUACAGUUUGGGAGAAGUUCAUAGGUUUCAUGUUUCUGUAGCCCCUGGAACUAAACUGGAGAGUGGACCUGCUACCCUACACUUCUGCAAUGACAUUCUAGUCCUUGUAAAAGACGUUCCACCCACAGUCAUGGGACAGUGGAAACUCUCAGACCUUCGCCGAUAUGGAGCUGUUCCUAACGGAUUCAUCUUUGAAGGGGGCACCAGGUGUGGCUUUUGGGCUGGUGUUUUUUUCCUUUCUUGUGCUGAAGGGGAGCAGAUCAGCUUUCUGUUCGACUGUAUCGUUCGUGGCAUCUCCCCGACGAAAGGCCCUUUUGGGUUGCGUCCAGUCCUACCAGACCCAAGCACAAAUCCAACCUAUUCAGAAGAGAAAUUGGUCCAUGAAGCAUUGCAGUUAGAGAAACGCUUGAGCUUACUAUCCCAUACAAGUCGUCAGGGCAGUGGAGGAGAUGACAGAAGUCUGUCGAGUUCAUCUUCAGAUACCAGCCACUCGGACGUUAGUGUUGGGAGCAGGUUAACGAUUUGGCCUGAACAGUCUUCAGCCAGCACUUCUCAAGAGAGUCAUGGAUUGGGAGCAGCAAAAGGCAUUCAUCUGGGGGAAGAAAAAGCCCAUGCAGAAGGGGCACGUGGCACUGCCAAACCACCUCCUAAGCCUCUUCGGUCCAGACAGCUGCAGGAAAUCGGUCGUCAGAGUUCCUCUGACAGUGGGAUAGCUACGGGUAGCCACUCUUCUUACUCUGGAAGUUUCUCUUCCUAUGCUGGAAGCCUGGAUAUUUGCCAUGGUGAGGAGUUUGGAUCGUUGUUAAGCCUGCCAUUGACCCUUCCUUCAGAUCAAAAUUUAUGUACUUGCCCUCAUGGUGAGCCCCAGAGGAGUGCAGGCUCAGAGUAUCAGGUUCCCAGCUCUCUCAGACAUAUUUAUGACACACCCAGGAGUUUAUUACAGGCAGCUGCUAAAGACGUGCAACACAAGAGUGCAGAUUCCACAUUACCCAAGGACCAGGCCCAGGCACCCCAAGGCAUUAGUGACCCUAAACUGCUGGUACCACACUUGGAAGCACAGAUGGCACCUGAGCAAAGCCAAGACCGGGGAAGGCAAGCAUCCGCACUCCCAGAAAGCACCAAGGACUCAAGUGAGGAGACAUAUGCGGAAUUUGUUUCCAGAUGGUCAGAUGUAAAACCACAAGGACAGGUGUCAGACUCGAAAGGUAGUGAGUUGGCACCACCUAGUGGAGUCCCAGCUGACCCCUGUGAAAUAUAUAGCCCCCACCCUGGGAUGGCAAGAGCUCUCUUUUCAGCUUGUCCAAUCUGUGGUGGACUAAAGGUAAAUACCUAAUGCUGAGCAGAUGCUAACAAAGGUUUCUGUACCUUAUUUAAUAACUUUCUUUUAAGUAACUAUAAACAGUUGUGAAUUGCAGCCUAUUCUUUUUUUUUGGAUAAUAGCUUUUGUACUCUUUAUGGAUAAGUUAAGAAGUUCAGUACAUGGCUCACUAUUCUGUCUUUAAAAUCCAUGCCUGGAACAAGAAAACAUUUAAAGAGAUAGACUUUUGGGUGUUACCUUUUAAUAGGCCAUAUUCUCUCUUUGGAUGGACAUGAGUGGCUCACAUUGUCUUCAGUGGAAAUUGCAGAGGCACACUGGAGUUGAAUUUGUCCUGUAAUAACUAAGUACAAAGGAGACUGGUCUGCCUUGAUGUUGGUUUUUCUUUCUUUCUUUUUUUUUUUGAGAAGGGUGAAGGGAGGUUGAACAAGACAUGUCCUUAGCUAUGAGCUGUAAUUUAAAAUUAUGUCUUUACCUUUACUAGUGGAUAUACCUCCUGUGCUCAUGACUAGUUUGCAACCAUGUCUUGUGGCUGGAGAAGACAGAGUGGCAGAGCUUCUCAGUGGCAGCCUAACAAAGGAACUCCUACACAGAAUCAGACCUAGUCAGAGCUAGUCUAGCAUCUUGCCAUUAACAGUGGCUAGUACCAAAGGCUUUGGCAAGAUUCAAGAACCAGUUACAGGGAAACCUGCCCAUGGGGAAAGAUCUUUACUACCAGCCAGCAGAGACUGGCUUUGGACCUGAAAGAGGAGGAUUUACAUCCCUUCCCCAUCCCAAGUUUAGUUCUUAAUAUUCACUGUCAGUUUUUUCAUCUGUAUAAUUGGCUAAUCUCUUUUUGAAACAAGUUAGGUUCUUAGCCUCAAAGAAAUCUUAUGGCAAAUAGCUUGCACAAGCUGUUUGUGCAUUGUAUAAAGGAAAUAUUUCCUCCUGCCAGUUUCAGAGAAGACUUUUGUUGUUUCGAAUGUAGUUGCUAAACUGGAAUGAGAGAAAUCUGUUCAUGUUCUGGAGGUGUUGGAAAAAACUUGAAAGGAAGAGAGACUGUUCAACUUGAGGAGAGUGGUAUAAAAAUGGAAUUUGGAUAAAAUUGUCUCACUCUGAGAAAUAUUUGUCCAUGGGUGGAUCUAGAAUUUUGAAAAGGAGGGUGCAGAUUGUGAGGUACAUCGCUACAUAUAACACAACACAUAGCUUUCUCCAGUUAAAAGUAAAUUAGAAGCUUUACUAAUAUGUUUGGGACCUGGGACUAUUAUUCUAGAGGUGCAUCGACCGAUACAUCAUUCUGAUAUCAGAUCAGCACUGCUAUAAAGAAAACUGUAUUGAAAUUGGCUUUUUUUUUACCUGAUGUGGCUGAUUAAAUGCUGUGUGCAUGUGCGCAGCUGCAGUACAGCGUGUAGGUGGCGAGCAGCACAGCCCAACAGCUUGGAGAGCUGUGUCUAGCUGGUAAGUCUUGUGAUGGAAGGGGAGUGGGGAAGGAAGAGGUGUAGGGGGAGCGGGGGCAGAUCAAGGCCCCGGAGGUGAGGGAGGAAGUGGGGCUGGUGCAGGGCAGGAUGCAGGAUGGAGUCAAGGCUCACCUGGGGGAUGCUGGGGGUGGGGGGGAGGGGGCAGCUCCCACUGCUGCACUUACCCAGAGAGUGCAUGGGGGAAUAUGUGCCCCCCUGGAUCUGCUCAGGGUGGGGCAGGAUACUGCUGUGGGCUGGGGCUGUGCCAGGCACUUCCUGGAGGGGGCUGGGCUGGGCUGUGCUUGGGGCAGGGUGGGUGGCAGAGCUGGGAGGAGGCUUUGGGGGGGCUAUAGUGAAUUUUGGGGUGGCUGCAGCCUCUCCCAGUCCUCUUCCCAGUGCUGUCGCCCAUCCUGAGUCCAGCCUCGCCCAGCCUCCACCAGGUAGAGCCCAGCGCCACCCCAGCCCGCAGCGGCAGCCCGCCCCACCCCCCCAAUGCAUCCUGGAAUGUGCAUAGCAGCGGGAGCCACCCUGCCUUCCCCAUACCCUGGCCCCAGCCCUACUGUUUCGCAUGGUGUAAGUGGGAUACAUUUUACAUACUGUUAUAGCCAGGUGGAACUGACUCAUGGACCACCUAAGAUAUGAAUUCUCCAAAUUUAUUUGAAGGUGUUCAGAAAAACUUUGGUGUGCUAAUGCUUUCAGUGCUUUGCAGUUUCACUUAAACCAUUAAUUAGAUUGUGCUCAUAUUUUUAAAUGCCCAAUAUUUAUUACAAAGAGAGAACACAUUAUACAGCAAUCAGAAAGGACAGAAGCAGGUUUCUGUGUUCAGCUCUGCAUAGAAUUGUUGAAGAUCAUAAAGUCCUCCCUCAGGCUGAAGUUUUUCCUUUAUUUCAAUAGUAAUUUUAGCAGAAAAGGAAGGAAUAAGAAAGACUGGGGCAAAUCAUGUAGCAGUGUGCAGUGUCCCCUGUCAACAGAACUAGUGAUGCAUCAGUGUCCAGAUGGAGGCAGGAUUUCACAAUGUGCUGGGGGAGUUGGCCUCUCCAUUUUGUCAGCGAGUUAGAAGGACUGGAGGAGGUGGCGGAUGGAGUGUGAAAGUUAAUGGUUGCCUUUUUUGAUCGAGUGACCCCAGUAGCUAGCAUUUACAAGGCUGCUUUACUGCUCUUCCACUCUCCUUGCAAGUAGAAGGAUAGUGACCAUAAUAUAGGGCAUCAAGAUUGGAUCUGUGAAUUAAGUAACUUUAAAGUCAGGGCAGAAACGAUAGCAGAAAUUUCAUCCUAUUUUACUUGAGAAGAAAAGAAAAAAAACACUGAGAGAGAACUCCAUAGCAUAUUAAUAUAAAACAUAGAGGGAGUAGAGUGACUAGAAGCUUAUUGGACACCAUAGACGAGGCAGUAGAUGUGCACGCUGUUUUCUAUUCUGUUGUACAUUGUACUGUACAGUGUCUACAAGAUUUUCUGCACUACAAACUGCAUGAAGUGUGCACUAAUCACAGUAUUUUCAUAUUGGUGAUUUCAGUGAUACAGAUACAUGUUGAUUCGAGAUCCUUGUACAGUAUAAAUAUGCUAGGCUAUGCAUCUUGGAUUGUUUGGGGGUUUACAAGGUUUGCAGAUUUAUUACUGGGCCAUAUUUAUGCCAUUUUCAACCCACUCCAUAUUAGAAUGGGGAAAAACAUUUCACUGUACAUAUUUGGUUCUGUAACUUCAUUUAUUCUACAGUUUAAAAAACAAUGUCAACAUUUUUAUAGGUAUUUUUUACACCUCCAUUGUUUGUAACAUUUCUUAGAAGCCUGAAAAUAAAAUUAUCUUUUCCAACUGUU